AUGGACGACAGUAUGGGACAUGAAGAUGUCUCUGCAGGCGCACCUGCAUGGCUUCAAGAACUUCUCCAUCAGCAGGCUUCGCGGGAUGAAGCCUUCCGUAUCGAACUUGAAGACCUGAGAACUCAGCUGGCUGUUGCUACUACCACCACGCUUGCUGCUAGCACACCUCCAACAAACACUGUUCUGCGGCCCAGUUGUACUCCCUCUCACGAUCCUGACACCAAGCGCCCGAACGUGAAGCUCACCCCACUUGAGACCUUUGAUGGGACUGAUCUCUUUGUGUUCAGCCGCCUCAGCGGUGCUGCUGCAACCCAGUUCCAUCCAUGGAUGAAUGCAAACAGUGCUGCUCCUCUUGAUCCUGAGACUUUCUUCACCCAGCUGGACAUUCUCUUUUCAGACCCUGCCCUCACCUCGGAGGCUCCCAACUGGCUUCAAAGUGCUCGUCAGUGCAGCCUCCCCCUUGCAACCUUUCUCCCAACCUUUGACCGGAAGAUUCUGGAGGCUGAAGGACAAUUAUGA